GUGCUUACUUGGUUUCAUAACAUGAGUAACCAUCACGAAUUUUAAACUUCAAAAUUUGACGUAACAUGUAACCUCUUAUCUACCCCAAAAUAAUGUAACUUGUAUAUUUGCAGGAUUAUUGCUAAUUAACCCCAUUCGCGAUGUACCUAACUAGAUGACGAAAUCUGUCUACAUUUCACAUAACUCUACUACCUCAUACUUGGCAUUUUUUAACAAAAAACGUAACCUCAACCUGCGAUGCUAAAGUUUGUAGGGAGCUUUUGUAAGCUCUGCAACAAGUCGCGUUUUUCUCAAUUUUCAAAGCGUGUCAUAUCAACGACACCUCCAAAAUCUAAUCCAGCAGGACAAGGCUUAUCUGUGAUUUUCGGAAAGUAUUUACUAUUAACUAAUACCAUAAGUUCUGGGGGCCUUUUAUUAUUGGGAGAUGUCUGUCAACAAGAGAUUGAGUACCAGAGGAACCAGUUGCCUGAACGGUACGACUAUGGGCGGAUGGCUCGAAUGUUCGUGGUAGGACUAGCCCUAGGACCUGUUCACCACUACUAUUAUCUAUGGAUAGCAAAAAAGUGGCCAGCAAGGACUGGCAAAAUAGUAUGCUGGAAAAUAUUUUUAGAUCAAGUUGUGAUGUCGCCUUUAUGCAUAGCAGGAUUUUUCUAUGGUAUGGGAAUGCUAGAAAGAAAAGACUUGAGGCAGAGCACAGAAGAAUUGGUUAACAAGUUUAAAGAAGUUUAUUUGAUUGACUGGAUUGUUUGGCCUCCAACACAAUUUCUGAACUUCUACUACCUUCCAGUGAAGUAUCAAGUGUUAUACAUCAAUGCUGUAACAAUGUUAUACAAUAUAUUUUUAUCAUACAUCAAACAUAGAGAAGUUGCUGCAGAAUAUCAACAUCAAAUUCAUUUCAAGAGGCAUGUGAAACCUGACUAGUCAUAUUUGUUUUUUAUCUUCUGAACAUGAUGUAAUAAAUAUUUUUGUUUUUUUUA